AAGCCCAAACUGUAAAGUUAAAAGAAAGAAAAGACGUGUGGAGGGGAGGCAACAAGAACAAGUGCGUACGGACGAUAGAAGCAGCAGUUACAGCGAUGAUAAAGACCCAGCUACUUUCACUCCUCCUCCAAUGCCCACCUGAGUUCCUGAGAAAAACCCAUCAACCGGAGCCCUCAAAAUGGGGCCGGGAAGCAGAGAAGGAGGCACAGCCUUAUCAUCUUCAGCGGCAAGCAACAUCAUGAAGCCCAACAACAACGCCAGUACCACCAACAUCAACGACAGAAGGGGCAAAGCAAUUGUUCAGUACAAUGCUGAUGCUAGGCUCAUGGCUGAGUUUGAGCAGUCUGGUGUUUCGGGUAAGUCCUUUGACUACUCAAGAUCAGUAUUGGACGCUCCACAAUCUGUGCCUGAAGAACAAAUGAAUGCGUAUCUGUCUAGAAUCCAAAGGGGUGGUCUAGUUCAGCCCUUUGGUUGUAUGCUUGCAAUCGAGGAACCCACUUUCAGAAUUAUCGGUCAUAGUGAGAACUGCUUGGAAUUGUUGGGUUUAGACGGGGAAUUUGAGUCCAAAGAGUUUGAGGGUCUGAUUGGAAUCGAUGCUAGAACCUUGUUUACGCCUUCUUCGGGGGCUUCAUUGGCGAAAGCUGCCUCUUCUAGGGAGAUUUCGCUGCUAAAUCCGGUUUGGGUCUACUCUAGGAGUAUCCAGAAGCCAUUUUACGCUAUACUACAUCGAAUUGAUGUGGGAAUUGUGAUUGAUUUGGAGCCCGCAGGGUCAGGUGAUCCUGCAUUUUCCCGCGGGGCAGUGCAUUCACAGAAACUGGCUGUUCGGGCGAUUUCUAGGCUGCAGUCACUCCCGGGGGGAGAUAUUGGGGUGUUAUGUGAUACAGUUGUGGAGGAUGUUCAGAAGCUCACUGGGUAUGACAGGGUUAUGGUUUAUAAAUUCCAUGAUGAUGAUCAUGGUGAAGUUGUGUCUGAAAUCAGAAGGUCAGACUUAGAACCCUAUUUGGGCUUACAUUAUCCUGCCACGGAUAUCCCUCAAGCUACUCGCUUCUUAUUCAAGCAGAAUCGAGUGCGAAUGAUUUGUGAUUGCCAUGCAACUCCUGUAAGUGUCAUUCAAUGUGAAGAACUAAAGCAGCCUCUUUGUUUGGUCAACUCAACGCUUCGUUCACCACAUGGCUGCCACGCACAGUACAUGGCCAAUAUGGGCUCCAUUGCCUCAUUGGUGAUGGCAGUUAUUGUCAAUGAUAACAAUUCGUCAAAGCUUUGGGGGUUGGUGGUGUGCCACCACACUUCCUCCCGCUAUGUCUUUCCCCUUCGCUACGCAUGUGAGUUCCUUGCGCAGGCAUUUGGAGUUCAGCUAUACAUGGAGCUUCAACUGGCAUCACAAUUGGCAGAGAAGAACAUUCUUAGGACACAAACCUUACUAUGUGACAUGCUCCUCCGGGAUGCCCCAUCUGGUAUCAUCACUCAAUUUCCUAGUAUCAUGGAUCUUGUUAAGUGUGAUGGGGCUGCAUUGUAUUAUGCUGGGAAAUGUUGGCAUGUGGGUGUAACUCCAACUGAGUUGCAGGUGAAAGAUAUUGUGGAGUGGCUGCUCAGUAAUCAUGGAGAUUCCACAGGACUGAGUACAGAUAGUUUAUCUGCUGCUGGUUACCCUGGUGCUGCUCUGUUGGGUGAUGAAGUUUGCGGCAUGGCUACUGCAAGAAUCACUUCAAGGGAUUUCUUGUUCUGGUUUAGGUCUCACACGGCGAAGGAAGUAAAAUGGGGAGGAGCCAAGCAUCAUCCAGAGGAUAAAGAUGAUGGCGAUAAAAUGCACCCUAGAUCGUCAUUUAAAGCUUUUCUUGAAGUAGUAAAAAGUAGAAGUAUGCCUUGGGAGGUUUCAGAAAUUAAUGCUAUUCAUUCUUUGCAACUUAUUCUGAGAGACUCAUUCGAGGCUAUGGAGGACAGUGGUUCUACAUCAUUGAAUAACAUUCAGCAGAAUGAUACUGAGAUCCAGUGGAUAGAUGAACUCAGUUCAGUGGCUUGUGAAAUGGUUAGAUUGAUUGAAACAGCUACAGUUCCAAUUUUUGGCGUUGAUUCAGAUGGUCUCAUCAAUGGAUGGAAUGCUAAAAUUGCUGAAUUGACAGGCUUAGAGGCUAGCGAAGCUACAGGGAAGUCCCUGGUCAAUGAAGUUGUUCACGAGGACUCACGUGGAACUGUUGAAAAUCUUCUAUGCAGAGCUUUGCUAGGUGAGGAGGACAAAAACAUUGAGUUAAAGUUGAGAAACUUUGGGCUUGAUGAGCAAAAGUCAGUUGUAUAUAUUGUGGUCAGUGCCUGCACAAGUAGGGAUUACGCAAACAAACUUGUUGGGGUGUGCUUUGUGGGUCAGGAUGUUACACGUGAGAAAGUUGUUACCGAUAAAUUCAUCCGCUUGCAAGGGGAUUAUAAAGCCAUCAUACAAAGUCUUAAUCCGUUGAUUCCUCCCAUAUUUGCUUCUGAUGAGAAUGCCUGCUGCUCUGAAUGGAAUGCAGCCAUGGAAAAGCUAACUGGUUGGAAGAGAGAUGAAGUCAUGGGUAAAAUGCUUCCUGGGGAAAUCUUUGGAGGAUUCUGUCGGCUGAAAGGUCAAGAUACACUAACUAAAUUUAUGAUUUUAUUGUACCAAGGAAUUACUGGUCAAGAUACCGAGAAGUCCCCUUUUGGGUUUUUUGAUAAAAAUGGGAAAUUUGUGGAGGUAUUCUUAACAGCAAACAAGAGGAGUGAUGCAGCUGGGAACGUAAUUGGUUGUUUCUUCUUCCUGCAGAUUGUUAUGCCUGACCUGCAGCAGGCUUUAGAAGCGAGCGGGAAAGAGGAUAGAGAAUACUUUUCAAAAUUGAAGGAGUUGGCUUAUGUACGACAAGGAAUGAAAAAUCCUCUGAAUGGUAUUCGCUUUACCCACAGACUUCUAAAAAAUACAGCUGUUUCAGAACAUCAGAAGCAAUUUCUCGACACUAGUGAUGCAUGUGAAAGACAGAUCAUGACAAUCAUUGAGGAUAUGGAUUUCAGGAGGAUCGAGGAAGGUGGCCUGCAGCUAAAAAUGGAAGAAUUUCUAUUGGGAAAUGUUUUGGAUGCCAUUGUCAGUCAAGUCAUGAUCUUGCUGAAAGAAAGAAACUUGAAGCUUUUUCAUGAGAUUCCAGAAGAAAUAAAAACACUAUCUCUGUAUGGGGAUCAAAUUCGACUUCAGCUGGUCUUGUCAGAUUUCUUGCUUAAUGUGGUGCACCAUGCACCAUAUCCAGCUGGCUGGGUGGAAAUCAAAGUUUCACCUGGUCUGAAGCUGAUACAGGAUGGCAGUGAAUUUAUCCGCAUACAAUUCAGGUCAGUUCUAUUCAUUCAGUUUUGGAUCUGCUUUGAGGCCUUGGACAUAAUUUUUACUUGUUUCACUUUCACCAAUCUUCUGAUAUCUUCAAGUUCCAGUUUAAAACUUCGAAGCUCACCUUCUCUCUUUGCUAAAGCUUCAAACUGAAAUCCAUCCUGUGGAUGACACAAUUUUUCUCUGAGCAGGAAAGCAAUAAAAAAACCUUCCUAACAUUACAAAAUCCAUAACUCAUUAUCUUUUAGACCAUUUCAUGCACAGAUAACCUUGUAUCUGUGCUUCUCCAUCUCCUUGGAAAGAAAUAAGAUACACAUGCACAGACUAAACAAAUCC